AUGCACUACUGCCCCAUGGACUCCCAGUCGUCAUCGUUUUCGGCGGUGCAGCCGCAGCAGCCCUGCGUGCUCGGCCACAAACGCCGGCGCAGCGACGCCACCACCUCGCGCGCCACUGAAAUGGAGUACACAAGCCGCAGCGACAACAAUGCUGAGAGCUGCUGCACCACCUCGGGCGAGACCUCGGGAGACGAGAGCGACAGCAGCUUCGAGGCGGAGCUGGAGGUCGAAGAGGAGAUGGAGGAGGCGCUGGCGGCCGCCAAGCGGCUACGCCGCGCCGAGCUGGACGGGCUCAAAAAGUCGGUGAGACGCAUGGAGGCGCAAGUCGUCGACGCGUCCGCGCAGCUGCGGGACCUCGCGGCGCUGGUGGCACAAGUCGUAGCGCGGCGCCAGCAGCAGCAGGCAUAG